AUGUACGAUGCAAAUCCUAGAUUCGAAUAUCGCAGCUGGGUAGGAGAAGAUGCAGAAUGGAAAGACGACGUCGGCCAUGGCACGCAUCUCGCUGUUCUCUUGCGCAAGAUUGCGCCAAAUGCUGCUAUCCACGUUGCUCGGGUGUUUAAAAAGAGGCCUGAUGUUGAGAAGUCAGCACAGAAUAUUGCUGAAGCUAUACGGUACGCUGUAGACCAGUGGAAGGUCGACAUUAUCGUCAUGUCUUUCGGAUUUGGAGGCAAAAACGAGGUGGUAUACGACGCCAUUAAAUAUGCCGCUUUCAAGGACGUCCUCAUGUUUGCGGCCGCUUCCAAUGACGGCAAGAACCGUCCUGACGGAGUUGCAUGGCCUGCCAUUGAGUCGCAUGUGAUCUGUAUUUAUUCCGGUGACGGCUACGGCAAUAAAUCAUCAUUUACUCCCAGUCCAAAGGAGAACAUGAGGAUCAUGGUCCUUGGAGAAUGCGUCAGGUCAGCAUGGCCGCCAAACUUGAACUUGCCCGGCGAUAACAAAGACAUGAGCGGUACAUCAUGUGCGGCCCCGAUUGCUGCUGGAGUCGCGGCAGUCAUUCUUGAUUAUGCAAGAGGAUUUCUGUCACGCCAAGAGUGGGAGAGUCUCCAUCGAAUUGAUUCCAUGCGGCGUAUGUUUGAACGACUAAAAGAUCCCGAUGGUCACAUGCAUUCUGGCUACUGGUGGAUCCAGCACUGGGGGCUCUUUGACUCUAAGCGAGACGAAUCUUGGAUACAGGGAGAGAUUAAAGGCUUUCUUGUUUAA